AUGCCUACGAGGAACACGCGUCCGCCUCACGGCGCCCCGCACCCCGAGCGGGUCGUCCACGGAGGGUCUCCAAGGAGCUUGCUCGGUGAGGAGACGUCGCAGUGCCUCAGCAAGUACGGCGUGAGGCUGCCCUGGGGCACCGCCAGGGGCGUGGCGGCCGCAGUCGUCGCGAGGCUCGCGGAGGCGGAGCAGAGCGGCGAGGUCGAGAUGUUCAGCGGAGAGCAGAUCGUGCACGAGGGUCGCGUCCUCCCUGGGCUGGCGGCGGUGCUCCGACCAGGCGCAGCCUGCAGCCCGACGGCGCCUCUCUGGGCGAGAUGCGCCGGGCGCCGCCGGAGGACCUCGAGGGCAGCGGCACGCGUGGGCAGCUCCCUGGUGCCCUCGGCGGCGUGCGGCUGCGUGCACGAUGCCGAGGGCGCGCGGACGACGGGCCGCACCUGUUCCUCUACAGCCUGGUCUCCAUCCGCAAGUGGCAGGCGGAGCACGGCACCGACCCGUCCACCCGGGAGGCG